CUAUAAUAUGGAUUGAGUAGGGCGGUUGUUCAAACGCUACAACCUGGGAUCAUUUCGUGACGAAACGGUCGUUGUGUGACUGCUUUCUUUAACAAACGUGUAUUGUACCCGAAAUUCCUCCGUGUUCUUGCUUUUUUCGAGCAAAAGAGUGCAGAAAGUGAAUCUAGUGAAAGUGGUAUGUCGAUUUUCGCUUAAAAUUUGGCUUUACCGUUUUAUUUUUCAUUUGGGAUUACAGCCCCUUUAACAACAGAUUAUGACUUGAGAGCAAGUGCUUCCAUUUUCUGUAUUUGGCUGCAUGUGGAUUGGGAUCAGUAAGACCUAGCAAAUGCGUUGGAGAAAUCGAAAAUGAGGGUGCGCUAGCAGGGAGUAUGGGACCGCCGGGAUGGGCAUGCGCACAGACCCACGGGGCAAGUCUCGUCCGCUGACCACCGUUUCGGUACCACUACUCGUCACAUAUACUGUUGUUGCCUUUUUAGCCUUCUUAUUCUUGCAGACAGGCUUCUGUACCCAAACCCAAGAUGGUUACAUCCACAUCACAGCCAUUUUGGGUGAGUCGGUGGUAUUCAACUGCCACGUGGAGUUCCCGGACGGACACCCUGUGCCGUAUGUGUUGCAAUGGCAGAAGAAGGUAGGCGAAACGGGACAGGAUAUACCAAUAUACAUUUGGUACGAAAGCUAUCCAACCCACAGCGCGGAAGGUUAUAAAGGAAGAGUGUCAAGAGUGUCACCGGACUCUCCUUACGGCGCUGCAUCACUCAACCUGACAAAUAUUCGCGAGUCGGAUCAAGGCUGGUAUGAGUGCAAGGUGGUGUUCCUCAACCGGUCCCCGAACUCGCACAAAAAUGGUACUUGGUUCCACCUCGACGUUCACGCACCUCCCCGCUUCACGGACACCCCUUCCGACGUCAUCUAUGUCAACUUGGGAGAUGCCAUCAUCCUCACUUGUACAGCUGAAGGCACACCCACACCCGAAAUUCUUUGGUAUAAAGAUGCUAAUCCUGUAGACCCCUCAGCCACCAUAGGUAUUUUCAACGAUGGAACGGAAUUACGAAUUUCCAACAUCCGCCACGAAGAUAUCGGCGAUUACACGUGCAUUGCGCGGAAUGGUGAAGGUCAGAUAUCGCAUACAGCGAGGGUUAUAAUUGCGGGAAGCGCCGUGAUCAUGGUUCCUCCAACGAAUCAAACGAAGCUAGAAGGGGAGAAAGUGCAUUUCACGUGCGAGGCGAAGGCCCAACCCGGCAACGUCACCGUCAAGUGGUUUCGUGAAGGCGCCCCAGUCAAAGAACUUGCUUCGUUGGAGACAAGAGUCAACAUCCGGAGGGAUGGUUCGCUUGUUAUUAACCCCGUCAAUUCCGACGAUUCUGGACAAUAUCUGUGCGAAGUCAGCAACGGGAUUGGGGAACCCCAGUCAGCGUCAGCAUAUCUCAACGUCGAAUAUCCAGCAAAGGUGACGUUCACCCCAACCGUUCAGUACUUGCCGUUCCGCUUAGCUGGCGUCGUCCAGUGCUACAUCAAAGCGAACCCCCCUCUACAAUACGUAACGUGGACCAAAGACAAACGCUUGUUAGAGCCGUAUCAGACAAAAGAUAUCGUAAUAAUGAACAACGGUUCGCUCCUCUUUACCCGAGUCAAUGAGAACCAUCAAGGGCGCUACACGUGCACACCUUACAAUGCUCAGGGAACGCAGGGCUCUUCCGGUCAAAUGGAAGUUCUAGUUCGCAAACCGCCAGUAUUCACCAUAGAACCCGAACCGCUCUACCAACGCAAAGUCGGCGAUACUGUCGAGAUGCAUUGCGAGGCACAAGAAGCCGAAGGCACGCAGAAGCCAACAAUAGAGUGGCAAAGACGGGACGGCAGCCCCUUGCCCCCAAAACGCUACAAAAUCGUCGGAGGGAAUAUUACCAUUGAAGGCUUGCGCGCCAAAGAUUUCGGUUUCUACCAGUGCGUGGCUUCCAACGAAGUAGCGACGAUUGUCACCUCGACUCGGUUAGUGGUGGAAGGAACCGAACCACAUGCCCCGUAUAAUCUGACCGGGAAUGCGAUGGAAUUUGCUGUAACCCUGUCGUGGUUGCCUGGAUAUAGCGGAGGGCCCGACUAUAAACAGAACUAUACCAUCUGGUAUAGGGAAGCUGGGACUUCGGAAUGGUCCACUAUACCAGUUACGCCUUCAGGUAGCACUCAGAUUAAGAUCAAUCGCCUUUCGCCCGGAACUACCUACGAGUUUCAAGUGGUAGGGAAAAACGCUUUGGGCGAUGGUCUGAUGAGCAAAGUGAUCACCGUCAAAACUUUAGACGUCAGCCUACCCCACAAAGUACAAGCAACACCAACACCCUUUCUUCCUGAAAACGAAAAUUCGGAUAUUUUAGACUAUAGUAAUAUUAUUUUGCCUACUGAUUCAACCGGAAGAGUCUAUUAUCCACCGAUCUACAAGCCUAAAGAACUCUUGCAUUCAGGACCAAAGCCAGGUAUCCCUAAAAAUUUGACUGUAACAGAAAUUAGUAACGGCUUUUUGAUUACGUGGCAACCACCCACCGAAAGAGCUAAUCUAAUCCAGCACUACUCAAUUAAAUACCGAACCGACGGUGGAUGGAAAACUUUGAACAAAGCUCAAAUUCGACCUGAGGAUACUCAGUACUUAGUUAAGAAUUUAGUAGGAGGUAGAACGUACUAUUUUAGAGUUGUAGCUUAUUCAAUGAAAAGUUUCGAAACUAGUGAAGAAGUGAAGUUUUCCGUGCCAGCCAGAGUUAAACACAAAGCGAUCACAGCGGGCGUUGUGGGUGGAAUUCUGUUUUUUAUUGUGGCUAUAAUUCUCUCUGUGUGUGCUGUUAAAAUCUGCAAUAAACGCAAGCGGCGGAAACAAGAGAAAGCGUAUAAUAUGGUAGCUUGUCGAAUUACUGACUCCAGAAACGGGGGAAAUGCAACGGAUAGCCAAGUGCCUUUGAAAAAACUUAGAAAAGGCCGAAUAUCAGGUUUGAGGCUCAUCGGUUUCAUCGUGAAUUGGAUAUGGCCUCGAGACCGCUGUCGAACGGGCAGCAGCUUAAGUUGGCAUCCAGAUUACCUCCAUUCCGGCUCUCCAUCAAAAUCUCUGGGCCGCAUAUCGCGAGCGGCAGACGGUCGCUUCGUCCUAGUGGACUCGAUUUUGAGUUUACGAACUGAAAGCCCUUCAAACGCGAGUAGCAGUGACGACGGUGGCUUUUUACCACGCAAAGGAGUACGAAAUCGCGCGUCGUGGCGUCGUCCACUCGUCGGUUACCCCAGUCAGUUGAGUCUAAGAUCCGACGCUUCCGGACAAAGUGCUCGAGGAAUCGGCGGUUUCUUCAACAAUUUCGGACGCGUUCCUCUGAAACCGAUUCCGACGAUCUACACUCCCGUGACACCGAACUUCCAAUCGAGUUCGCCAGCCACUUCGAGCGCUUUGCUGCUGACUCCGUGGAGUCCGCUCUACUUCAGCGAUUUGAGCUCGGUCCGUUACACCAGUUCGGGGGAGCGUUCAUACCCCACCCCCCCUGGGUUCAUGCAACUGCGGUCGGUCCACGAACGCUACUCGCAAGAACUGCCAUCUCUACGUGCCAUCCACGAGGAAUCGCAGGGUUUUAUCCCGGUUCACCCGAUCAGGGAAAGCCCCACGCAGCGCGUGAGGAUGCCCCCCAGGCCCAGAGCCCGCCUUUUGCCCCGCCAUGCCAGGAUAGCUCGGAGCGCCCCCGAAUUGGGGUCCCCUGACCACUUGGACCGCUCUCCGGAAAGCCGGUCUAGUUCGAGCGGGUUUGGCAGUAAAAACACUUCCUCUCAGCAAAAUCACAGUUCGCAAAGCGGUAGCACUUUCACCGAGUGGAGGUCGCCGCCGUAUAGACCGCCUCCGCCGCCCCCGUCAGCCUUGCCGCCUCCGCCGCCCCUCGUGGGACACUGGCUGGAGCUGGCCUCGUCGUCGCCGUCAACCUCCGACCAACUGCACAAAGCUGUGGAUGUUGGCAGUGUGGACGGUCACUAUGAGUUUGAUCCCUCGACACCCACCCCAACACCGUCAACCCCCACCGGGUCCAGGGAUGUGGACCUGGAGACCGGGACUAGGAAGAGCUACGGGACGCUGAGGAGUCGCUACGACAACAUCGAUGCCAGAGUCCAAGCGAUGAAAGAGGAAUUCAACGAGUUUAGGAAACGACAAGCGAAGAGAAGACGAAGUCACGAAUUGGAGAGUGCCUGUUGACAUUAGUGUGCGUGAUUUUCUUGGUGUGAUCUCGACGUCAAAAGCACUAAAUUUAAUGAAACAUGUUCUAAAUAAUAUUAACACGAAUACACACACGAUGAGAACCAAAUUCCAGACCCCAGAGUUAUUUUUUUUAAAGGUACACAUUCAAUUGAUACCUCGUACAUAAUCAGAAAGCUCAAAAAGAGGAAAACGUCAUUUUGUGUAUAUAGGCGUCGGCGGUUCGGUGCUGCCCCCACCUGACCAUUGCCACCUUUUGGUGAUCGACGCCAACCAAUAAUUCUAACGCUUUAGCGCGGCCUCGGCCGCGACCAACAUUCUACACGAGAGGCUGUUGCGAUAUUGUAAUACUAGGUGUUUAGGAUAAAACUUGUAUAACGUACCUUCGCUCUAGGAGCAAGCAGGAAUUAACCUGCAGUUUCAUCUAUAAUUUCGAAUGUUUUAGCACUCCGGGACUAGAAAUCCCGGACGAUAUUGUUUUCAAUUCGUUAUGAUUUGUUCGAUGUUUAAUUACAAAUUUUGUAUAGUGAUAUUAGUUUAAUUUCACUCUGUUACAUUAAGGUCUGAAAUAAGUACAAGUUAUAUUUAGUGCAAACUUUUAGGAAUGAAUGAUUCGAAUGGUUUCAAGAAUGCUAAAAAAUACACGAAAUUCUAACAAUUUUAUUACUUGAGAUUGUAAGAGGCGAUUACAUUGCCGCCAUUUAUUUACUUGCCUUUAUUUCCUAUUAUCAUUUUUAAAUAAGGACGGAAACACAUUUUUAAAUACAAUUUGCAUGUCUAUUAGGCACUCGAUUUUUUCUAAGAAAAAAUUAAUUCGAUCCCAGUAAUUUCUCUGACUGUACAUUCAUUACAAAAUUAUAUCAUUUCACGGCACACUGGACUUAGCAGUAGCAUUUUUUAGUUAUAAGUGUUAAGUAGUAUAAAACAGUUGUUACUAUGUAACUACGCUGUAUAAAGCAUCACAUUUGAUUAAAAUACAAUAAUAAUGUUGCCAGAUCUCAUA